ACUUUUCAGGCAGGGUUUAGCUACUUUCCAUUGAAAGAAGUUGGCAACACUGCCUCGUGUCCGGUCACAAUCAAGUUUCACAAGAGCCACGCACGACCUAUGCGCACGACGAAACAAAAAAACUAGCUGGGCUUGUUUUUGAGUAAUUCAUGUCACCGAACAUAGUUUUAAAGGAUGAACCGGGGCCGGGGAGUGAGAAAAAGAACGGCACCGGAAAAAUCAGAUGCCUUUGAAACCUGUAACAAGGAAAUACGUGCGGAGAUGAACCGGGGCCGGGGAGUGAGAAAAAGAACGGCACCACAAAAAUCAGAUGCCUUUGAAACCUGUAACGAGGAAAUACGUGUGGAGAUUCACCAGCUCUUCAACAAGGUCAGAGGUUAUGUUCCCCCUGCUGGAGGAGAAUGGACGUUGCCUGACCCAAGUGUGGUGCUCUGUGAUCCUCAUGUGAGUCACCCACGUUUGCAGGCCCUGAAACAAUCACUAAAUGAAGUGAAGAAUCAACUCAGCGAUAAAGACCUCUCAGUAUGGCACCAGCAUACUUGUUUCACCAACCGAGCAGGUAGUGUUACAGCCCACCUUCGCUCCACAACCAACGCAGAGCUGUGCACCCAGGCUUGGGCCAAGUUCUAUGAGAUCCUAGGCACUUUUAAACUUCUCCCUGACAAUGCAUUGAAGAGUGGUGAGUUGAACUCCAUACACCUGUGUGAAGCCCCUGGUGCCUUCAUAUCAGCUCUAAAUCACUUCCUCAAGACAAGUGGCCUCUACUGCGACUGGAACUGGAUUGCAAAUACUCUAAAUCCUUACUAUGAAGCCAAUGGACGUGGUUGCACUAUCACAGAUGACAGACUCAUCACACACACUCUGCCUUGGUGGUUCUUUGGAUCUGACAACACAGGUGACAUAAUGCUUCAGAAGCAUCUGGUGGAGCUGCAGAGAUUAGUGAGCAACAUGCGCAGUGUUGAUUUGGUUACAGCAGAUGGAAGCUUUGACUGUCAGGGGGACCCAGGGGAACAGGAGAGAUUAGUUGCCCCGCUUCAAUACUGCGAAGCUGUUUGUGCGCUUCUGCUGUUAGGAUCCGGAGGCUCAUUCGUCCUGAAGAUGUUCACACUAUUUGAACACUCAUCUGUCUGUCUGCUGUAUCUCCUCGCAUGCUGCUUCCGUUCCGUGAACGUCUUCAAGCCAGGCACCAGCAAGUCUGGAAAUUCAGAACUGUAUAUAGUGUGCUUGGACUAUCAGGCCAAAGAACAAAUUCGGCCACUGCUCUCAAAGUUAAUCCGUAAUUACGGACCAGACUUGGCAUCCACAGUGGCGCUCUUUCCCCAUCGCUGCAUUCCAGACUCAUUUCUAAGUCAGCAUGAAGAGAUAUGCACAUUUUUCCAUGCAUUGCAAGUUAACACAAUCAAGGAGAACAUCAAGCUUUUUGAAUGCAUGAGCGUAGAACAGCGCAGGCGUUUGGAGCAGCUCAGGGAAUACGCUGCAGAGUUUUAUACAAGACGUUUCACUGUUCACUACCUCCCUCGGAAAAGCUGGAUUUGCCGUGGCGGUAUGGCCAGAUGGGUAAAACCCUGUGAAAGGAAGCAAAUGGGCUCUUUCAAUCAGCGCAAGGAGAUAGACCUUCAGGGAUGGAAGCAGCGCCUUGUUCAUGGAAAACAUGGGGAGUUCAUAAAGAGGCACUGUGCAGGGACAGAGGGAUGUGAGAUUGUACUUAGUGGCCCAUUGGAUGAGUGCGAUUUAGGAGCCUGGUAUGCCCUUGAGGGAGCUGCCUUGCCGAAAGUCUGCAGCUCCAGCUUCUGUGAUCAAGAAAUGCUAGACUUCCUGAAUGAAGCUCUGGAGGAGAACCUGAGGGUCAAAGCGGUCAACCAUUCUCACAGAGCCUUGCCAGUAUGCACCUCCUGUAGCAUUGACUCCCCUGUAGGCAUCUUAUCUGAGAUUUUCAGCAACCCUGAUGUGACAUCUUGUUUGGUGCUGGGAAGCCAGUCUUGGUGUGACGGCACGCUUGUAGGCAGUAAAUUGCAGCCAGAGUUUUUGCAAGGACCCUCCUGUCGUGGGGUACAGGAAUCCACAUUGCACGAUGGACAACCAGACUAUCAAUUUGAGCUUUUGAACACUGUGCUUUUUGCUCUGCAGAAACAGCAUCAGGGAUCAACCCUGGUGAUUCCCUUAAGUUCUGUCUUAACACGCUUCACCUCCGGCCUGGUUUUGACACUCCACCUGUGCUUUCGUAACAUCACUUUCUGUUGUUCGUCUGGUUGGCCUCCUGCUGCUCUUGUGUGUGCAGGUUUCUCUCCACCAUCAGCACUACCCCAGCUGCUGGACGUUCUCCGGGAUGUGUUGGAGAAGAUGAAAAAAGUUGAGUCGGGGAAGCAGAUUCUGCAGUUUGUACCUUUAGAAGAACUUCUCAGAGGGGAUUUACCUCACUUCCUGUCUUCCUUUAAUACUGCUGUAGUUCGACAGCAGCUACAUGUGCUCAUGCAGGUUGAAUAGAGCACAUGAUGCUACACCUAUAUGCCUUUAUUCUCUAGAAGAACUUUUCAGUUAGACUUCAUUUCAGUAUAAUCAUGUUUUGUUUUUGUUUUGAAUUUCAGCCAUAGCUGCGCCAGUGCACCAGUGAAUAUGUAGGAAACAUUUGAACACAGAAUUCCUUUGUUUUAUAAAUUCUUACUGGGGAGAAUAUCUUUGUUUAACCUUGAAUGUGCUGCAUAUGACUGUAAGGAUUUAAAAAAAUAUAUUAAUAAUAGGAUGUGCACUUCAAAAUGCUUAUUUUAAUAUUUGUUUCAUUACUUUUUUUCUUUUUUUAAUGUUUGAAAUUAUAUGUGUUGCCUUCAAUUUGUCUGUCCUGGCUCAUUCAUUUUCAAGCCUUUUCUUUAAUGUGUAUAUGGAGGGGUUUCAGUUGUUGUUCCCAUGAAUGGUUUCUUAUAGUUUUCCAUUUAUAAUUUGUUGCAUAUUUUCUGCUUGAGACUGAUUGAUAUAUUUUUUAAGUUGGAAGAACUGCAUAAAUACAUUAAAAGAAUAGUCAGUGUACAGUAAUACAGUGGUAAAAAUAGGUACAAAAUAAUUUACCUGCAGGAUCAAAAAAUAUACCCUUUACUAAUAGAGUGUUCUCCUGUAGAACAUCAAGAAAUAACUUGAUCUGGCCUACAAAGUUUUUUUUUUUUGUAUGUGUUUGCUGCUUUUCCUUUAUAAAUAAUGUGACUAUUUCAGUGUUCACCACUGCAGGCAAAAAAAUAAUAAAAAUGUGGUUUUGACAAAUAAUA